AUGUCUGCUCCAAGCAAAACUGACCCCAUCAUCAUCGUCGGCGCCGGCGUCUUCGGCCUAACCAGUGCACUCCACCUCUGCCGUGCCGGCUACACCAACAUUCACCUCUUCGACAAGCAAGACUUUCUAUCCACAAACUAUUCCUUCGCUGUGGGAAGCGAUGGAGCUUCUGCAGAUGAAAACAAGAUCCUUCGCGCAUCCUACGGUGGCCAAGAACUUUACCAACGCAUGGCAUUCGCAGCAAUGCAAGAGUGGGAGCAAUGGAAUGAGGAUAUGAGAUCCGAUGCGGGUAUACCCGAUGUCCUCAAAGAAACUCAAAAGCUAUGGGAUCGUUGCGGAUUUUUGCGGAUUGAAGAAGGGUUUGGUCAGCAUGAGAUUGAUACGCAGAACAGCUUUCCUGAGGAAAUCAAACACACUCAAUAUCGCAUUACCGACGAGCAACGGAUUAAAGAAGCCAUCAAAGCUGGAAUACCAAAGUCGAAACUCGAUCCCUUUGGUCGUGCAAGUCGUGGACUGCCAACAGAUGGUAUACUCCACAUGACAGCCGGGUACACUCUAGCCUCAAAAGCCUGCACCUAUGCCCUCUAUCUCUGCCANAAAGCAGGUGUAAAUCUCCAUCUUGGCUCUUCCAUUGGCACAUUCCAAUCUCUCUUGCACUCUGACAAUCGCAUCGUUGGCAUCAAGACCGCAGACGGCAUUUCCCACGAAGCAACUCUAGUAAUCCUAGCAACAGGCGGCUGGACACCCUCCCUCCUCCCAGCAACCCAACCCCUCCUCGAAACAACAGCAGGCACAAUCCUCACAAUCAACAUCCCCCACUCCCGCCCAGACCUCUGGGACAAAUACUCACCAACCAAUUUCCCAGUCUGGAGUUGGAACAUGGGUGGCUACAACCCCUCCUCUUCCACCAUAGGCGGCCUCUACGGUUUCCCACGCACNCCCCAAGGAAUCCUAAAAUUCGGCUUCCGCGGCGCAAAAUGGACAAACUAUACCCACACCACCGCCUCCUCUGACCACAAAAUCUCAUGCCCAAGAACCGACAUCCAAGAAAUCCCCGAACGCGCAUUCAAUGUCGUAAAAGCUUUUUGCGCGGAAAAUAUGCCUGAUCUGUUGGAUUUGGAACUGGAAAGNGGGAGAUUGUGUUGGUAUACUGAUAGUGUUGAUAAUACNUUUUUGAUUUCGCAUGUCCCUGGUCAAGUUGGGUUGAUGGUCGCGAGUGGAGGUAGUGGGCACGGGUUCAAGUUUCUUCCUGUGCUGGGUAGACAUGUGGUUGAUGUCGUUGAAGGCACAAAGACGGAGUACACAGAACUCUUCUCUUGGAGGAAUGUACCACAAGGUAAGAAGAACGGCUUAGAGGAAGGAGAGGAAGGAGAGAAAGGAUGGAGGACUUUAGACAAGCAGAAUCUUGUGCAGAGCAGAAUGUGGAAGUUGUAG